AUGGUAAACAAUGAUGCAAAAAUUGGUAGAAGAGAAUUCUAUGAUAGAGUAGAAUCGGUCAGACCAAAAUCUCCACCACGUGAACGUCCAACAUACACUUAUUCAAACAGCCGUACAGUCGACGGUUAUUCAAAUCGUGGCCCAAGAGCUGAUUUCUAA